AUGGCUUCUCUUUGUGCUUCUUCUGCCAUCGCCGCCAUUUCUUCUCCAAGUUUCUUGGGUGGGAAGAAACUGAGGCUGAGGAAGAAGUUGAGUGUUCCAACUGUCUCCAAAUCGGCUGCCUCGGUGCGGGCCGUUGCAGCGGAUCCCGAGAGACCAGUCUGGUUCCCCGGAAAAGCUCCUCCAGAGUGGCUCGACGGUAGCCUCCCUGGUGACUUCGGAUUUGAUCCUCUUGGUCUUUCAUCUGAUCCGGACAGUCUAAAAUGGAACGUACAAGCAMAGAUAGUUCACUGCCGGUGGGCAAUGCUAGGAGCCGCCGGGAUAUUCAUCCCGGAGUUCCUAACAAAGAUCGGAAUCCUCAACACUCCGUCGUGGUACACGGCCGGAGAACAAGAGUACUUCACGGACAAAACCACACUCUUUGUCGUUGAGCUCAUCUUGAUCGGAUGGGCUGAAGGACGUAGAUGGGCUGAUAUCAUCAAACCAGGUAGUGUCAACACUGACCCGGUCUUCCCAAACAACAAGCUCACGGGUACGGAUGUUGGAUACCCGGGUGGGUUAUGGUUCGACCCGUUGGGUUGGGGAUCCGGUAGCCCGGCUAAGAUCAAGGAACUGAGGACCAAAGAGAUCAAGAAUGGAAGGUUGGCUAUGUUGGCUGUGAUGGGUGCUUGGUUCCAACAUAUCUACACUGGAACUGGUCCUAUUGAUAAUCUUUUUGCACAUCUUGCUGAUCCUGGUCACGCCACUAUCUUCGCUGCUUUGACACCAAAGUGA